AUGGAAUCGCUGCAAAUUACGAAUACGACGAAGGGUAAACCUUCGGCAAUUUUCAAAGGAUUUCAGUAUAGAAAGCAUAGAGUGAACAAGGAUGAAGUCGUUAGUUGGCUGUGCGUGAAACAAAAAUCCGAAAGAUGCAAUGGAAAUUUGAAAACCAAGAACGGGGUAGUUUUGUCUACAACUGACCAUUGCUGCAAAACAAAUCCAGUGGACCUCGAGGUGAAAUUGAAGAUAAAUAACGCCAAGAAAAGAGCCAGAGAAAGUGAAGAACCAAUAUCGAAAAUCUACAAGGAAGAAGUCGAACCACUUUUAAGCCAAGGAUUGGAUUUUGUUGUCAAAGUUCCAGUGUUUUCAUCGGUGAAGUCGUCACUAUACAGCGCAAGAUAUAAGGAACAGGGAAAAUCUUCAGAACCAGAAACAGCAGCAGAAAUUCAGUUACCGGAAGAUAUUUUCACCAUUCCAAACGGAACUUUUCUAUUGGCGGAUGAUGGGGCCGAAGAGAGGAUGAUAGUUUUAUCCACUACUUUUGGGAGACAGCUGCUGUCAUCAAAACGAAGUUUUUUUAUGGAUGGCACAUUCAAAUCCUGCAGCAGGCACGGGGGCAGAUUCACGAGCACAGGUGAAAGAAUCCGGCUGCCCGAUGACGUCACAAUGGGCUACAUCAUCGAACACCUACUCAAACAGCCUUUGACUGUUGUCGACCAGUUUCACUCUCAUCUGGAGCCUAUGAAAUUCAUCAGGAGGGAUAUGAUCGAAGAUCAGAUAUCCUUCAGCUAUGCCAAAACCAAAGACGAAUGGAACGUUGUGAAAAUAGAAGGAUUCGAGGAAUCCGAAGAUCAGUACAGUAUCCAACAAGAGAGGAAUAAAAUCCUAAGGAGACAUUUGAAAGAAACCAAGGAGAAAAGCGACGACAGGUGUUAUAUAAGAGGAGAAAAGUUGUACAUCAAUAAUAGAGCAUACACUGUGGAAGAUAUCCUCGAAUUAGAAGAAAAAGAAGGGAUUGUACAUAACAAGCGGGCAAAUAGCGAGCCACCAACAACACCCACAGUCCAGAACAACCAUCCAUCCGCUCAAACAGAAAAAUCUGGAGAUUUACACUAA